AUGCACACUGAUUCGAGCAUACUAGUUCCUGCGAAUCAGCCAGUAGACAAUUACUGGGUACGAGCGCUCGCGUAUACCCCGAACGCGACGUUCGACGGCGGCCAGAACUCGGCCAUCUUGCGAUACUAUGGCGCACCCGUCGCAGAGCCAACUACGAACCAGACCAAAAGCACCAUGCCGCUCGUCGAAACCAAUUUGCAUGCGCUCAUUAAUCCAGGUGCACCUAGUAUCCCGGAAUAUGGAAAGGCAGAUAUCAACUUGAUGAUGGUGGUCAACAAAACCAGUGGAACAUUCUAUAUAAACGACAUUGUAUUCCAGCCUCCGUCGGUGCCCGUGCUGCUCCAGAUCCUCAGCGGCGCACGAGAGGCAAUCGACCUCCUUCCAGACGGAAGUGUCUAUGUUUUAGAGCCUAACAAGGUCGUCGAAUUGACGAUGAUAAAUGGCGACUGGGAACUCGUUGGUCCUCAUCCAAUUCAUCUUCACGGCCAUAUCUUUGAUGUCGUGCAGAGCGCUGGCAACAGCUCUUUCAACUACCGUCAAUCCCAUAACUCUGGUCCAUGGUUCCUGCAUUGUCACAUAGACUGGCAUCUUAAGGAUGGUUUUGCUGUAGUUAUGGCCGAAAGUCCUUCGGAGACUCGGAAGUAUCUCCACCGCUUACCCGAUGCGUGGCAUAAACUUUGCCCAAUAUUCAACUCGUUAACUCCAGCCCAGAUUGGAACAGAGAACUCGUAUCAGGAAGCAGAAAAUCUCGCCAUCGCCUCAGGGCAAAAUAUCACCGUAGCGCUGUUUCCCAAUGUAUAAUAUGUGGCACCGCAACCCUUGCCUUUUUAACAACCAAAAUCUUCAUGAUCUGAUUGUCUUCCAUCUAUCUACAUAGCUAGUGUAAGGACAGAGUGUUUGCGACCGCGAAAGCAAUUCAUAUCACAUGUGCGAACUCCAUUUGAACCUUUUCAUUCCUUCCUUGUGCCGAUCCCCUGUUGAGCCUCCGCUGUCUCUCUUUCCGAUGACCACGGCAUGUCCAAAAACUACUUUAGCCCCUCUUUUGCACACCGUGCCUCUUGCCCGAUGGCUGUACUUACAUGUGGGCAAGGAUCGAUUAUAUUAAUAUACCAUUAACUUCACGCGCAUAUACGUGGAGCAACAGCGUGGUAUUGACCUUCCUCUGAGCAUGUAUAACAUGAUCCAACUUUGAGUCCACACAUGCCGAUGCGGUUGUUUGGAU